UGCGCUGGGUGCGCGGGGCGAGCGCGCCCGCUGUGCUCCGCGGGCUUCCAGAGCUCUGGGCGCUGGCCGGGCUGCGGUCCCCGCGCGCCUUCGCCGCCUCUUCUCAAGUGGGCUUGGCCCACAGCGGCCGGCGGUCGGGGAGAUGUGAGCCGGGGCCGGCGGGCGCGGCCGGACCGUCGCGAUGUGGCUCAAGCCCGAGGAGGUGCUGCUGAAGAAUGCGCUGAAGCUCUGGGUGACCCAGAAGAGCAGCUGCUACUUCAUCCUGCAGCGGCGCCGCGGGCACGGCGAGGGGGGCGGCCGCCUCACCGGUCGCCUGGUCGGCGCUCUGGAUGCAGUGUUGGACUCCAAUGCACGAGUUGCUCCAUUCCGAAUUCUGCUUCAAGUUCCCGGCUCUCAGGUUUAUUCUCCCAUAGCAUGUGGUGAGUUACUGAAUGGAUCAGACGUUUACUGGGCCAUAGCCACUGGUGCAACAUUAGAGGAAAUAAACCAGCACUGGGACUGGCUGGAGCAAAAUCUCCUCCACACCUUGUCCGUCUUUGAUAAUAAAGAUGACAUUGCCAGUUUUGUCAAAGGGAAGGUAAAGGCUCUGAUAGCCGAGGAGACCAGCAGCAGGCUCGCUGAGCAGGAAGAAGAACCUGAGAAGUUCCGAGAAGCCCUGGUGAAGUUCGAGGCCAGGUUCAACUUCCCUGAGGCGGAGAAGCUGGUCACCUACUACUCCUGCUGCUGCUGGAAGGGCAGGGUGCCCCGCCAGGGCUGGCUGUACCUCAGCAUCAACCAUCUCUGCUUCUACUCCUUCUUCCUGGGCAAGGAACUUAAACUUGUAGUUCCGUGGGUUGAUAUCCAGAAAUUAGAAAGAACGUCCAAUGUCUUUCUGACGGAUACCAUCCGAAUCACCACACAGAAUAAGGAACGCGACUUCUCCAUGUUCCUGAACCUGGAUGAGGUGUUUAAGGUCAUGGAGCAGCUGGCCGACGUGACGCUGCGAAGGCUGCUGGAUAAUGAGGUCUUUGACCUUGACCCCGAUCUGCAGGAGCCGAGCCAGAUCACCAAGAGGGACCUGGAAGCCAGAGCACAGAAUGAGUUCUUCCGGGCUUUCUUCAGGUUGCCCAGGAAGGAGAAGCUGCAUGCGGUUGUGGACUGCUCGCUCUGGACGCCAUUCAGUCGCUGUCAUACUGCGGGGCGGAUGUUCACCUCUGACAGCUACAUCUGCUUUGCCAGCAGAGAAGAUGGCUGCUGUAAGGUGGUCCUGCCACUCAGAGAGGUGGUGAGCAUUGAGAAGAUGGAGGACACGAGCCUGCUGCCGCACCCCAUCAUCGUCAGCAUCAGAAGCAAGGUGGCCUUCCAGUUCAUCGAGCUCCGGGACCGGGACAGCUUGGUGGAGGCGCUGCUCGUGAGGCUGAAGCAGGUCCAUGCUAACCACCCUGUGCACUACAAUACCUCUGCGGAUGAUGACAUGGCUUCACCAGUGUUUCAUUCAACAAGCAUGUGCAGUGACCACAGGUUUGGGGAUCUUGAAAUGGUAUCUUCUCAAAAUAGCGAGGAGAGUGAAAAAAAGAAGAGCCCGUUGCUGCACCCUGACGCCCUCUUCACCGCCUUCCAGCAGUCAGGCAGCCAGAGCCCUGACUCCCGAAUGUCCAGAGAACAGAUAAAAAUAAGCCUGUGGAAUGACCACUUCGUGGAAUAUGGCAGAACUGUGUGUAUGUUUCGCACAGAGAAGAUUCGGAAGCUUGUAGCCAUGGGCAUCCCUGAGUCUUUACGUGGGAGACUCUGGCUUCUCUUCUCAGAUGCUGUGACAGAUCUUGCUUCGCACCCUGGAUACUACGGGAAUCUGGUGGAGGAGUCCCUGGGGAAGUGCUGCCUGGUAACUGAGGAGAUAGAGCGAGACCUGCACCGCUCCCUGCCAGAACACCCUGCCUUCCAGAAUGAAACAGGAAUCGCUGCUUUGAGGAGAGUCUUGACGGCCUAUGCCCACCGGAACCCCAGGAUUGGAUACUGCCAGUCCAUGAACAUCCUGACCUCUGUGCUGCUGCUGUAUGCCAAGGAGGAGGAAGCCUUCUGGCUGCUGGUUGCCGUGUGUGAGCGGAUGCUGCCUGAUUACUUCAACCACCGAGUGAUCGGGGCGCAAGUGGACCAGUCUGUCUUCGAGGAGCUCAUCAAGGGUCACCUCCCGGAGCUGGCGGAGCACAUGAAUGACCUCUCAGCCCUGGCAUCCGUCUCUCUGUCUUGGUUCCUGACCCUAUUCCUCAGCAUCAUGCCUCUAGAGAGUGCGGUGAAUGUGGUAGAUUGCUUCUUCUACGACGGCAUCAAAGCCAUCUUCCAGCUGGGACUGGCUGUGCUUGAGGCCAACGCGGAGGACCUGUGCAGCAGCAAGGAUGAUGGCCAGGCCUUGAUGAUCCUCAGCAGGUUUCUAGAUCACAUUAAGAACGAGGACAGCCCAGGGCCCCCAGUUGGCAGCCACCAUACCUUUUUCUCUGAUGACCAGGAGCCCUACCCUGUGACUGACAUUGCGGACCUGAUCCGGGAUUCCUAUGAGAAAUUUGGAGACCAGUCUGUGGAGCAGAUCGAGCACCUGCGCUACAAGCACAGAAUCAGGGUCCUUCAAGGCCACGAGGACACCACAAAGCAGAAUGUGCUUCGAGUCGUUAUCCCGGAAGUCUCAAUUCUUCCUGAGGACCUGGAGGAGCUCUAUGACUUAUUCAAGAGAGAACACAUGAUGAGCUGUUACUGGGAGCAGCCCAGGCCUGUGGCCCUACGACACGACCCCAGCCGGCCCUAUGCCGAGCAGUACCGCAUAGACGUCCGGCAGUUUACACACCUGUUUCAGCUAGUCUCACCCUGGACCUGCGGGGCCCACACGGAGAUCCUUGCUGAAAGGACGUUCAGGCUCCUGGAUGACAACAUGGACCAACUCAUCGAAUUCAAAGCGUUUGUGAGCUGCCUUGAUAUUAUGUAUAAUGGAGAAAUGAAUGAGAAAAUUAAACUAUUAUACAGGCUUCAUAUCCCUCCAGCACUCACUGAAAAUGACCGAGACAGCCAGUCGCCAUUAAAGAAUCCUCUGUUGUCAACAUCAAGACCCCUGGUUUUCGGGAAACCCAAUGGUGGUGCAGUUGAUUACCAGAAACAGUUGAAGCAGAUGAUUAAGGAUUUAGCCAAAGAAAAAGAUAAGACUGAGAAGGAAUUGCCCAAAAUGAGCCAGAGAGAAUUUAUCCAGUUCUGUAAAACACUGUACAGCAUGUUUCAUGAAGAUCCAGAAGAAAAUGACUUGUACCAAGCCAUCGCCACGGUCACCACGCUGCUGCUACAGAUUGGGGAGGUGGGGCAGCGAAGCAGCAGCUCUGGAAGCUGCUCCCAGGAGUGUGGGGAGGAGCUGCGGGCCUUAGCUCCUUCUCCUGAGCAGGACUCAGUUUUUGCGGACACUGGGAAAACUCCUCAGGACUCCCAGGUGUUUCCAAGGGAGGCAGAAGGGGACUGGACUGUCUCCCUUGAACAUAUUUUAGCUUCACUUCUGACUGAACAGUCAUUAGUAAACUUUUUUGAAAAGCCACUAGACAUGAAAUCCAAACUUGAAAAUGCCAAGAUCAAUCAGUACAAUCUUAAAACUCUUGAAAUGAGCCAAUCACAGUCUGAACUUAAGCUGAGUAAUUUGUAGCAAGAUAGCUGCUAUGCACACUGGAGUUGGCCAUACCAAAGCACGGACCAGACUGUUUCUUGGGGUCAGCCCUAAACUCAGAUUUCAGUCUACUUUACAAAUGGGGCAUCUGGAUAAACAACCCGACAAACUGGCCAGGCAGGUGAACCGACGCAAUCCUCAAGCAUUUCUAUAUAUUCUUUGAUUGUCAGUGUGCUAGGGUACCCAUCAGUUCCCUUGAUGCUUAGUUUUUGCCAGAUUUGCUGAAAUGGGCACUUCUGUGAUGCUAGUGUGAUUUUGCGCUCAGAUGAACACAAUUCAUGUGUCAUGCUAAGAAGCAAGAAAAGCCCCAUGCUUUUUUUUCACUUGGAAUGACAAUAGGAGAGGUCAAGAAUCAAGUUCGCGUUCAAGAUCUAAGGGAGUCCACUAUCUGUGCAAUUGUAUUUGGCUUUUUUUGCACUAAUUGUUUCAAUGCUGGUAAUUGAAACCAUUUUAAUAUUUGGUUGUAUUCACUUUAUAUGUCCUUCCAAAAAUGUUGUGUACAAACCAUGCUUUCAAUGUUGGCUUCCAAGUUUUUUAAUAAGACACUUUUUGUAUUUA